UAUUUCAUUUGUCAUUUUGUAUGUUAGCACGUUUUUUAAGGUGCACAUUAAGGUUCCAAAGAAGAAAAAGUACACAAAUUAAUUCACAGGGAAGAAAAAAUUCCAAACAGCUGUUUCAGUUUCAGUUGAUCUUUCAUCUUCUCUUGUUCUGUGUAUUUGAUUGAUGCAAAUGCAUUUGCAAGUCUAAAGAGGUUCAUAAUUUUGUCAAGAGAUGAAGAUGGUGGAUAAGAAAAGCAAACGAUUUUUCUUCCUUUGGUGGUUUGGUAUAACUGUGCAGCUCUGUUUCUUGCUCUGUUCCUGUGCUGAGAAGACAUCAUUAAGAAACCAAUUAUUUCCAUGCAUUCCGUUCAUCUGCAGAAGAGGUUUAAAGGACAUCAGCAGCACAAAAUCAACAUCUAUUCAUUCUGGACUCAAUCUUAAUACAGAUAACCAUCAGCAGUUGGUGGUUGAUAAUGGCAUUGUUUCCGUCACUUUGUCAAGACCUGAGGGGUACGUCAUUGGAAUAUCUUAUAAUGAAAUUGACAACAUCCUUGAAACUGAAAACGAAGAAAAAGAUAGAGGGUACUUUGACGUCGUUUGGAAUGAGCCAGGGAAAGCUAGUAGCUUUCAGAGAAUCCAUGGGACAAAUUUUUCUGUUAUAGCAGCUGAUGGUGAUUCCGUAGAGGUUUCAUUUCUAAAGACAUGGACAUCGAGUGAUUCAGAUGUUCCCAUAAACAUAGACAUAAGAUACAUUUUUCGAAGUGGAGAUUCAGGAUUUUAUUCGUACUUAAUAUUCGAUCGCCCUGAAGGAUGGCCAGCUGUGGAGGUUGAUCAAGUUAGGUUUGUUUACAAACUCAAGAAAGAUAGGUUCAACUACAUGGCUGUAUCAGAUGACAGGAGAAGAAUGAUGCCAACAAUGAAAGAUAGAGAAACUGGUCAAAUUCUUGCUUACCCUGAAGCUGUUCGUUUAACCAAACCAACCAACCCAGAAUUCAGAGGAGAGGUGGAUGAUAAAUAUCAAUACUCAUGUGAGAACACAGACAACGGUGUUCACGGAUGGAUUAGUACUCUUGAUUCUGAUGAUGAUGAUGCACCCACCAUGGGUUUCUGGAUGAUAACACCAAGUAACGAGUUCCGCAAUGCUGGCCCAAUCAAGCAAGAUCUUACUUCUCAUGUUGGCCCCAUCACACUCUCUAUGUUUGUGAGCACUCACUAUGCUGGGAAGGAGGUAACCAUGGCAUUUCAAGAAGGUGAAACUUAUAAGAAGGUUUUUGGCCCUGUAUUUGUGUACCUUAACUCUGCUUCAAUCGAUGAUGAUGAUGAUACACUAUCCCUCUGGUCAGAUGCUAACCAGCAGUUAUCCAUUGAAGUCCAGAGCUGGCCUUAUGAUUUCCCUCAAUCACAAGAUUUCUUUCCACCCAGUCAACGAGGAGCAGUAACAGGAAGAUUGCUAGUCCAAGAUUGGUCAAUUAAAGGAGGGAGAUAUCAAUAUUCUGACAAUGCGUAUGUUGGUCUAGCUUUGCCUGGAGAAGCAGGAUCAUGGCAGAAAGAAAGCAAGGGCUAUCAGUUCUGGACUCGACCUGACACUAAUGGAUACUUCACAAUAAAUAAUGUUGUGCCAGGUGAUUAUAAUUUGUAUGCUUGGGUCCCUGGCUUCAUUGGUGAUUACAAACGUAAUGCUACAAUCACCAUCACACCAGGUAAAUUAUCUUUUACUCUCUUGUUGGUUUGGUCUAAAACUAGUAAUAACUUAGUGAAUUCAACAACUUACAAUUACUUGAUUGAACCUGUAGGUGAAAUAAUCAAUUUGAGUUACGUAGUAUAUAAUCCUCCAAGAAAUGGACCAACAAUUUGGGAAAUUGGUAUCCCAGAUCGCUCAGCUGCUGAAUUUCAUGUACCAGACCCUUACCCUAUGCUCAUGAACAAAUUAUACACCGAAAAACGCAAAGACAAGCUUAGGCAAUAUGGGUUGUGGGAGCGUUACACCGAUUUGUAUCCUAGAGAUGACCUUGUUUACAUUGUUGGUGAUAGCAAGUAUAGAAAGGAUUGGUUUUAUGCUCAAGUUACAAGACACAUGGGAAAUGAAACGUAUGAGCCAACAACAUGGCAGAUUAUAUUUGAACAUCGUAAAGACAUAUUUAUCGGAAACUACACACUCCAAGUGGCUCUGGCUAGUGCUUCUGAUGCUGAACUACAGGUCCGGUUCAAUGACCCUAGCAUAAAUCCACCCCACUUUACAACAGGGCACAUAGGAGGUGACAGUGCUAUAGCAAGACAUGGCAUCCAUGGAUUGCAUAGGCUGUUCAGCAUUGAUGUACCAAGUAAUCUUCUUAUGAAGGGAAAGAACACCAUCUAUCUGAGGCAGUCAAGAGCCAAAAAUGCUUUCCAAGGAGUUAUGUAUGAUUAUAUCCGUUUGGAAAGACCUCCAAAUCCAAACACUUGAUUUUGUCCGACCUUUAUUUGACACAGUAAAUAUGUGUUGUUAGAAAUAUAAAAAAAAAAAUCUUAUAAUAUCUUAAUCUUAUUAUUUUAGAGUAUUUUAUAAUA